UUUAUUGGAAACCAAGCAUGGCGGAUACAAUGGGAAACGAAAAUUCGUCAGUGACUGAAAAUGAUGCAAAUGAUGAUCUUCCAGUUGAUCCAUCAGCUGUUACUGAAGAAGACAAAAAGAAAGCAGAAGAGUUGAAGGAGGAGGCAAAUGCCUUUUUUAAAAAUGAGGACUACACACGGGCUAUUGAAAAAUACUCUGCGGCUAUCAAGCUCAACCCUUUUGUUUCGCCGUACUAUGGAAACAGAAGCUUUGCUUAUCUCCGCACAGAAUGUUUUGGUUAUGCACUCUCUGAUGCAUCAAAGGCACUUUCCCUUGAUAAAAACUACCUCAAGGCAUAUUACAGAAGAGCGUCUGCCAAUAUGGCCCUUGGAAAAUUCAAGCUCGCAUUGAGAGACUUUGAAGCUGUAACCAAAGUGAAGCCAAAUGACAAGGACGCUCGAGUCAAGUACAAUGAAUGCAAUAAAAUCUGCAAAAGAAUCGCCUUUGAAAAAGCAAUAGCAUCUGACGAGAACUUUGCAAAAUCUGUGGCAGAUUCAAUUGACAUUGAAAGUCUUGUGAUAGAGCCCAGUUAUGAUGGACCACAUUUAGAAGAUGGGAAAGUGACUGUUGAUUUUGUGAAUGCUUUAACUGAAGCUUACAAGGAACAAAAGAAGCUGCCUAAGAAAUAUGUUUGUCAGAUUUUGAUUCAAGCGAAGAAUAUUUUCUGUGAGCAAGAAUCUCUUGUGUAUAUAGAUGUUCCCGAGAAAUCGAAGUUCACUAUAUGUGGAGAUAUUCAUGGACAGUAUUAUGAUCUGCUGAACGUUUUCAAGAUGAAUGGAAAGCCUUCAGAGGAAAAUCCAUAUUUGUUCAAUGGAGACUUUGUUGACCGAGGUUCCUUCUCAGUGGAGUGUAUCAUGACAUUGCUCAGCUACAAACUCUUAUACCCCAAACAUUUCUUCAUGGCUAGAGGAAAUCAUGAAAGUCUGACAAUGAAUCAGAUGUAUGGAUUUGAAGGAGAAGUGAAGUCGAAGUACUCUGCCCAACUGUGUGAGCUCUUCACUGAAGUCUUCAACUGGCUGCCACUUUCACAUUGUAUAAACAAGAAAAUUUUGAUAAUGCAUGGAGGUCUGUUUGCUUCUGAUGAGGUGACCCUCGAUGAUAUUGCCGCAACACAACGAAACAGGCAGCCCCCAGAGAGUGGGAUUAUGUGUGAGCUGUUGUGGUCUGACCCACAACCACAAAAAGGCAGAGCUCCUAGCAAGCGAGGUGUAGGUGUGCAGUUUGGUCCAGAUGUGACAAAGACUUUCUUGGAGCGUAACAAUCUGGAGUAUGUGGUUCGCAGUCAUGAAGUGAAGAAUGAAGGUUAUGAGGUGAUGCAUGACGGCAAGUGCAUCACUGUGUUCUCUGCGCCAAACUACUGUGAUACAAUGGGAAACAAAGGAGCGUACAUAACUGUUACAGGCGACAAUUUAACACCAAAUUUUACGUCUUAUGAGGCUGUGCCACAUCCCAAUGUGAAACCUAUGGCAUAUGCAAACCCAUUCUUUGGACUCUUUUAGCAGCAAUGUGAUCUUCUGAAUUGUGGUGUACAUUGAUUUUGUAAUUGCUGUGUGAAAGAUAAGGAUUUGAAAUUGUGUGCUACAAAUGUAUCAAGUAAAGCUAUACUUUUGUUUUUGUCUUACUUGUGAGGUUUUACUCCAACUGUAAACAGGGACUUUUAUGAGAAACUAUUACUGUGUCUUAACCAUUUUAAUCUUGUUUAGUGGGAAUCACUUCUUCUUGUAACGCAGGAUGUAGAGCAGAAUGCUUUUUCCUGUUCUUUCUCUUUUUAUAUCAAAACAUAUCAAGAGAAAUAGAAUGACAAAUGUUCAUCGGUUGAGUUGAUUUCCUGAAUAUUUCAAACAUAGGCAGUCAAUAAUCAAAAAUAAUUUUUCACCUUUAUUUAUUUAUUUUUAAAAAAGAAUUUUUCAUGUUAGGAUUUGAGAAUAAGCACUUUUGUAAAGUCUUUUUCUUUGUUUUAGUUUUAGAGGUUGUGCCUCUAUUGGAAAUAUCUAUUAAUGCCCAAUUAAACAUAUUUGGAGUUCAUUAAAGCAAGGUGCAGUUUACCAUUGAGGGACCCAAGUUCUGUGAAUAUUGUCAAGUAACUUUUGUUGCCA